UACGACAUAUGUGAUUCGUAACACGAUCUAAUACCAACGUAAUCUUAGUCAUUUAUGCAAUGUUGAUAAUUUUAAUUUUAUGAUCGAUAAAAUCUGGCACAAUUUCAAAAAUUUAAAAUCAUUUUUUAUGUAUUUUUUACUUAACGCCUUAUCGUAAACUUCCAACAUGGCGGGAGAUUUAUAAAUGUAAACAUGAAACAUGCGAAUGCAAUGAAGAGAACAUAGUUCACAUCCAGACCCCUUCCAUGUGAUUGGCUGUAAUGAAGGAUGGGUGUAUGGAUAAAGAUGCAGCGUACUUCGUGGAGAAAUCCCAAUUAUAUGGCUUCAACCCAACACAACACACCCAAAUCCAAUGGCUAGAAGGUAUGUAUGAUGUGUGGAGAGCUGCUGAGGUGGGGGUAGAGGAUGUACUGCAGACAGUGGUGGAUAUCUGUCAGGACGUCAAAGUCCUCACAAAGUACCUGGGGGUUGAUGUAGGAUGGUGUAAGAAACAGGACACAACAUUCCAUAGCCAGCUCACAACUGCUCCAGCUACUUCUGAGGGUGGACUCUGCUCCGAGGGCUCAUUGAAAAAUAAAAGAUGUAUUUUAGUUGGACAGUUGACAACAGGCUUGUCAGAUCAUCCUGGACAGCUAGUGAUAUCAGAUUCCACAUCGUCUAUCCCAGUAGAGGUGAGAUACUCAGACUGUGAGGUAAUGGGAUUGUUACAUCAGUGGGCAGUGUUUCCAUCUUGGAACCUCAUCAUCACAAGAAGAGGUAAACGUUACCUGGAGUUGUGUGCCAAGCCUGAAGUAGUGAGAUCUUCCUCCCAUCAACCUCUCCUGUGUAGACCAAUUCCAGUCGUUUCUGCUAAAACUGCAUCCACCCUGCUUCUGCACAAAGACACUUUGAAGUCAGGAUGUGUAGACAUGGUCGCCACUGUUGAAGCUGUUGGGGAAAUUCACAGAGUUAAAACAGACCUGUUAUUCUGUAUACGCCUCCAGCACGGUGUUAACAUCAUUGUCAAGAAGCAAGAAUUUCUUCACUGGCAAAAGUUCCUUAUGCCUGGAGACAAGAAAAUCUUCACUGCCAUGAGACCUACAACACUUAAGAAGGGUGCAGGGUCUAGUAUCAAAGUAUUUGUUCCAUGGAAAGGUAGCAAGCUUUUUAGUCCCACCUCAGUAGACCAUAACUGUGUGUCACUUCAGGAGUGGCUGAGAGGACAAGGUGAUGAUGAACAUGAACGAGUCACUCUUGAGGAAAUGGAAGAGGAGGAAGAAGGCGAUGAGCAGAAGAAAGAGGAUAACAAUUUGGCUUCUUACCAGGGAGUUGUGACUUCAGAUGAAUUGGCCUAUCUUGGAAUAUACAUACUAGACACCAAAGUUGGGCUGUGUGUAAGCUGUGUGCCCGCUGUCCACAAGUACCAGUUCCUUAGGGUUGGGUCAAAGGUCAUCAUACACAAUGCUCAUUUCAGCCGCUCAGAACAGUUUCCUCACACGAGGGUUGUGUGUUGUACAAGCAGUUGUGUCAAAGUGAUGGAGUUCUCAAGUCUGGACAACAAACCUCAGAUGGUGAACCUACCUGUAAUAUUGCAACAGGUGAUGAAGAAGUCUUGUAUAACUCGAGGACUGUUAGAUACAUUCAUCAACUUUGCCAGCUGCCUCCAUAGAAAACUUGCCAGAAGUUUUCAUCAUGAACUAACCAGUAUACUAGAGACCACCUUUGAGUAUUGCUGUACCCCAGACUGUGACAUGGUAGGGAGAGUAUACAUCCGGGAGUUCCUGUCCGGGACACACCAGUGUGGCUUAGUCCAAAACCAGGAUGGAAAUGGUGUUUACACGGUGGCACCAGACAUGAGUGAGUUCACACAAGAAAUGAGUUGCCUAGUAACAGGGGCAGACAACCUCUCAUCAGACAGCGCCACCUACUGGGGCUACCACCACCAACUUCAGGGGAUGCCACACAAGAUUUUAGUUGGAGUGCUGGAUCUUUCAUCAAAAAAUGGACGAGUUCAGCUGAGGGAUGACACUGGAUCUAUUGACUGCCUCAUCACCAUGACAACAUCAAGUGAACGUCAUGUCUGUACGGAAAUCUGUUGUUGUGGUGACCUUAAACCUGGGUCAAACUUCCGAUGUCCAUUUCUGCAUUCCUGUUGUGUAGGUGCAGUUGUAGCUGUCACCAAAUUCACCGUGAUUCGUGAACAAUUUACUGGUUUGAACAACUCAUUGAAUAAUUUAAAGAUGACAGAUUCUGACCCAACUCAUAGUGAUGUAUGGUAUGUUGUGUUCUCUAUGUUAAAUGCUGUGUUGAUACAUAGACCUACAGUUUGUAAAACACCUCAGGAUCAGGUUCCUCAUAAGAGAGGUAAGGUAGACCAAGGUCGUACUGGACAGCCUACAGAUGAAGGGAGACAACUGGUGCUGAUAAACCACAGAGAAACAUUGGUCCUAGACCGAAGGGUCUACAGUGGUUCACGCUUCAGGAUGGCCGUACAUGGUCACAUCCUACACAAUACAGGCGGGGAUUCUUUAAACUGGGAUGUGAUAGAAAGUCUCCAGAAACAACAUUCUCAGCAGCAUCACGUACAUAAUGGGUACACUGAUGUUGAUAAACACCAGUCUGUUCUAAAGGCAAAAUCAGAAAACAGUCUUUCACCUGCAGUGAUAUUUUUGUUCCAAAAUGAUGCUGUACGAUGGUGUCACACUAUUGUACCAGGAGGAGUUUAUAGAAUCUUGGUGCCUACACAGAAGCUGUGCCCAACAGGGCCAGGGUCAUGGCAGUUGAAGAAGGCCAUGGCGAAGGCAGGGGGCAGAAGUGUCCACGAGGUGCCGGUGAACGCUCAACUCUUUAGAGUCUUCCCAAACAAGACCCCUUCUGAUGCUGGUGUUGGCUCCACAGGGAACUUGCCAAUCAAGACAAUUGUGAUGGAAAGAUGCGAGGCGACACUUGUCGGCUUUGAGGGACAGAUCGUAAGACGAUGUCCUGUAGAGUCUGACGGCCAUCAUACCUCUACAAAGAGAACACCUGACCAUCCAUCAGAUUCACAACUAGGUGUUGGAUCCCCUGACGGAUGUGGGGUGAAGGUCGUUGUGAAGUGUCAGAGGUCAGGUGAUGAAGUGGAUGUCUAUUUCAACCUGGACAGUUUUGUGUACCCCCUGGGACUGCUCCCUGGGGUUGGGGUGUGUCUGGAGCGGGUGGAGAGAAAGGUGUCCCGGAAGAACAAUGUCUACUGUCAGUUUAUAGCUGUGUCCUGUCUCCACAUACAACACCUCACAGACCUGGCAAGUGAAAUCCCUACCCCCACCCACAGCCCAGAAACAGGACCUCUCCGACUAGUGUACCUGGCAGACUUGUGGAGGAAUAAUAUCAAGAGCUCGCCUUUUCCCGUCUGUUGUCAUGUACAGAGAUUCCUCAAAGUGUCUCUAAAAUGGGUGUGUCACCAAUGUGGAUCUGUUUGUGUUGGUGGAGCCUGUUGUAACCCUGGCUGUCGGGCAGAUCACAGUACACGGUUCCUCGCCAGAGCUAGUGUUAUUGUUGAGGAUGGGACAAGUGUUGCUAUAGUGACAGUGAGGGAUGCUGCCGUACAGAAGUUACUGCUGCUGUCAGACAGAGAAUGGUCCAGUCUGCAGAGUGUGGUACAUACAGAGGGAGAGGUGUUCCUCCAAAAGACACGCCCAGAAUUCAGCAGUCAGGUUGAGAUGUUUGUCCAUCACCUUUGUGAUAGCUCACUGGUCAAGAAGGACUGGGAGAUGUGGCUAAGGAUACGGACUGGGGUGUCCACUGACUGGUCAUCUGGUGGUAGUCUGGAUGACAUGUCCUUAGAUGAAUUUAGUCUGAAGAACGUCGACUCUGGCCUGGCAACAAUAGAGACAAGAUGUCUGCCAUUCCUACAGCUGGACUGUGUGGAGGUCAAGAAAAUAGACUACAGGAAGUGGACGUUAAUAUGUCUGAAAUAAAAUUGAAUUAUUUCAGGGCAGGACUGUACACUGCCGGAAUUAUAAAUGUCUUAAUAACAAUGGAAACAUUGGUCAUUGAGGUUAUUCAAAGUCAGGACUUCUCACUGCAGGAGGUAUCCGUGUCUCUGUAACCAUGGAAACAUUGGUCAUUAGGAGGUAUACAUGUCUCUGUAACCAUGGAAACAUUGGUCAUUAGGAGGGAUACAUGUCUCUGUAACCAUGGAAACAUUGGUCAUUAGGAGGUAUACAUGACUCUGUAACCAUGGAAACAUUGGUCAUUAGGAGGUAUACAUGACUCUGUAACCAUGGAAACAUUGGUCAUUAGGAGGUAUACAUGUCUCUGUAACCAUGGAAACAUUGGUCAUUAGGAGGUAUACAUGACUCUGUAACCAUGGAAACAUUGGUCAUUAGGAGGUAUACAUGUCUCUGUAACCAUGGAAACAUUGGUCAUUAGGAGGUAUACAUGACUCUGUAACCAUGGAAACAUUGGUCAUUAGGAGGUAUACAUGACUCUGUAACCAUCGAAACAUUGGUCAUUAGGAGGUAUACAUGUCUCUGUAACCAUGGAAACAUUGGUCAUUAGGAGGUAUACAUGACUCUGUAACCAUGGAAACAUUGGUCAUUAGGAGGGAUACAUGUAUCUGUAACCAUGGAAACAUUGGUCAUUAGGAGGUAUACAUGUCUCUGUAACCAUGGAAACAUUGGUCAUUAGGAGGUAUACAUGACUCUGUAACCAUGGAAACAUUGGUCAUUAGGAGGUAUACAUGUCUCUGUAACCAUGGAAACAUUGGUCAUUAGGAGGUAUACAUGACUCUGUAACCAUGGAAACAUUGGUCAUUAGGAGGUAUACAUGACUCUGUAACCAUGGAAACAUUUGUCAUUAGGAGGUAUACAUGUCUCUGUAACCAUGGAAACAUUGGUCAUUAGGAGGGAUACAUGACUCUGUAACCAUGGAAACAUUGGUCAUUAGGAGGUAUACAUGACUCUGUAACCAUGGAAACAUUGGUCAUUAGGAGGGAUACAUGUAUCUGUAACCAUGGAAAAAUUGGUCAUUAGGAGGUAUACAUGUCUUAGUUACCACUGAAACAUUGGUCAUGGAGGUCAUUCAAGGUCAGGACUAUACACUGUAGGAGGUAUUUAUGACAUUGUAACCAUGGAAAAAUUGGUCAUGGAGGUCAUUCAAGGUCAGGACUGUAACACUGCAGGAGGUGAACAUGUCUUAGUAACCAUGGAAACAAUGGUAAUGGAGGUCAUUUACUGCAGGAGGCAUAUGUAAUAUAUAUAUAUACAUAAUCCCCUGAAGAACGGCACGAUGUAGCCAAGAAAGUACUAGGGAGACAGAUGAUCUGUGUUUGACUUUUUAUUCUGUUAUAAUUUACCGUGAUGUCACAAGGACACUUUAACUUUAUUCUAUAUCUAUAUAUACAUGUAUAUAUACAGGAAGUGAACUGUGUAUCUGAAGUACUCUAAACAUAGAAACCUUAAUUGCAGAGAUCUCUUCAGUGUAUUGUCUCAGAAGUAACCAUGGAAACAAGAACUAAGAAUUUGAGAUCUGUCAGAACUACACACUACACUGCUGAACUUGGAUGACAUAUCUUGAUACAUCUUCUACAUCUGAAUUAUCUGAAAUAUGUAUUUUGUUGUUACAUAGUUAUUAAUGGUAUAGUAACAUCCAUUAAAUGAAUACGAGUAUUUAA